AUGGAUGAUAACUUGCUUAUAGAGAAACUGUUGAGAGAAUUACCUAAAUCGUAUUUUGAAACUCAUCAAUGGGAUCACGACACUGCCUUCUCGAACUUCACUGCGUACAAUGAAGCUGAAGCCACCGAGUCACAUGUCUUUAUCCCUAACGUCCAACAAAUCCUCGAUGCUAGAAUUCGUUAUUCGAAUUUUCCAAUCGAUAUCCCUGUUUCAUCUCUUUCUCCACUUGAUGUCUCUUUAGCUAAUAAUUUCUUUACGCUCCUUGAUAUCUCCGGAACUCAUAGCGAUUCAGAAGAAACGCAAGAGCAAGAGUAUUAUAAUGGAGGAACUCAAAGUGAAGCAGCUCGGGUGGAGCUGAAUCGGCGAUGCGGAAUCGAUAGGCAGAGCUUCAUCGGAAAGAAUCUCGUCGGUGAAAACAAGAAAGGAGAGUCAGGUUUGUUGGCUCAAGGCUGUAAAAUCAGAAUGGUCUCAUCAAUUCUCAAGGAUCAAAUCUUGGAGACAAUGAGUCUCAAUCCGCUGCAGUCACAAGAAAGUUUCAGAGAAUGGCAAUUGGUGGAGCUUAUAAAUCUCAGGUCUAGAGGACGCUUUAGAGGUGGGAUUGGUAUGUGUGUCAAAGGCUAUUUGAAAAUCAGUUUCAAGGUUCCAGGAUUCAGUCAAGGCUCAUUAGAGAGUUUUGGAGAGUCAUCAAGUUACCUCAAGAAGGAAGCAGUCGGAGCAAAGGUUAUUUGCUGGAACAAAGAGUCCAAUGAGGAUAGUUAUGCUGGUUAUGGUUCAUCUGGACAUGAAAGAUUCAAGGUUCAAGUCUGCAAUGGUGGAGCAUUUGAGAUAUUUGGAGAACGUGGCACUAGUUCUGGUAAGUCAAUUUCAGAGCUAUGUGAAGAAAAUCAAGAUGUCAGUGGUUAUAACAAGUUCUUAACAGAGAAAGGGAAGACACAGUUCAAGGUGGAGCAACUUCAGUGUAUGCUCGAGUUCUACAAAGUAAAGUUACUCAAAGAUAAGCAACAACAGACAUUCACGGUUGGUAUUGCAGGUUAUGUCUACAUCAAAAGUGUCUCAGGGAAAGCCACAGAGAUUCUCUGUAUCGAAAGUCUUCUUAACCGGGUGGAGUUAGGCGGCGUGUUCUGUUGGCAACAGCAGCGGUGCAGAGUGAUGUUCAAGUGUAUUGUGUUCAAGCAAUGCUUCUGGUUAGAAGCAGAGGUGCUUCAGAUUCGUCAGUUGUUUCAAGAUAGCAUGGAGUCAAGUUUCUGGGCAGAAUGUUUGGUGAUUUCAGUUGCAGCAACAAGUUUUAUGGCAUUAGUUGUCAUCGGUGGAUCUCAGUCAUGGAAAAAGACUCACAGGCCAACCAUACUAGUUAAAGGUGAAGCCUAUGGAGAGUUUUUCUAUUGA